AUGGUACUACUCCAAGACAAUCUAUUUUUCAUUUGGCAUGAUGCUUCCGGAAACAUCCGCCUCUUCUUAAUUUUUCUGUGCAUAGCUACUAUGACCACACUCCUGUACCUCAUGAGCCGUUCACGCACAGUAUACAUUGUUGAUUAUGCGUGUUUCCGGCCUGACUCGAACUACCGCAUCAGCAAGGCCGCAUGGAUUGAGAACAUUCACCAUUCUCGGUCCUGCGACGACAGCGGCCAUCUGCGCUUCUUGACCCGUAUUUCUGAACGGUCAGGCCUUGGUGAUGAGACCUACCUCCUGGCUUGCCAUCAUCAUAUCCCACCAUAUUACUGUUUAAGUGAAGCCCGUGCUGAAGCGGAGUUGUCCAUCUUCACGACCAUAGAUGACCUUCUCGUGAAGACGUCUAUCAACCUUAAUGCAAUCGCCAUACUCAUCGUGAACUGCAGCAUCUUCAGCCCAACUCCGUCCCUCGCUGAUAUGAUCAUGAGAAGAUAUAAGCUUCGAGAUAAUAUUUGCAACGUGCAACUGUCUGGGAUGGGCUGCAGCGCAGGGCUAAUCGCCAUGGGUCUUGCGAAGGACCUUCUGCAGAACUUUCCCUCUAGCGCGCAUGCGCUGGUUGUGUCCACAGAGAUCUUGACUGGGACCUACUACACUGGGAGGAAGCGCGAAAUGCAGCUGACCAACAUGUUAUUCCGCAUGGGUGGCUCGGCGGUGCUCCUCUCAACAUCGAGUGACAAAGCUCGUUUUGAGGUGGCGAACGUAGUUCGGAAUUGUACCAGCUCCCAGGACAAUGCAUACCGAUGUGUAUCUUAUGAGGAAGAUGACGAGGGAAUUCUUGGUCUCAAUUUAUCCAAGGACCUUGUGGAUGUCGCUGGCAAGGCUCUCGGGGCUAACAUCACCACGGUUGGACCGCUUAUUCUCCCAUUGUCAGUCAAGAUUGCAUUUUUGCUCUCGUUCAUCUCACGAAAGGUGCUAAGUGGAACCAUGAAGCCAUAUGUGCCUGAUUUCCGCAAAGCUUUCGAGCAUAUGUGCGUACAUGCAGGUGGUCGAGCGGUAAUCGAUGCUGUGCAGCGUAGCCUCGGCCUGCUUGAUGAGCAUGUUGAGCCAUCAAGGAUGACACUUCACAAGUUUGGGAACACAUCGAGUAGCUCGGUAUGGUACGAGCUGGCGUACAGUGAGGCCAAGGGCCGAAUGAGGAAAGGGGACCGAGUUUGGAUGAUUGGAUUUGGCUCUGGAUACAAGUGUAAUAGUGCAGUGUUAAAGUGCACCCAGCCAGCAAAAAGUGCUGAUAAGGCAUGGCAAGAUUGCAUCAAUCGCUACCCGAUAGAUGUUCCUAAGGAGGUGUAG